AGCCGAGCUCGAUGAAAACUUUCAAGAGUAUUUGUGUUACGACGUUGGCGGUAGAUAUUCAGCACUUCGUCAACGGAUGUUUGAGCUGAGCUCAGUAAAGAAAGUUUGAGGCUAUAUCCAGAAUUUUGGUGGAGGCUUACAAAGACGUACACCAGUGCCAAACUGAUGUGUGCGCCUACACGUUGCUAUUCCAAGAAAAACUUCCAUUUAAUUUUGCCAACAUCACCGACACGGAGAAAAUGGAGAUCCUAUGUCAGACGUCCCAACAUCCAUUCUGCAGGCAUUACCUCAAAACUAACAGACGGGACACAAGCUCCGUUGUGAAGGAUAUAAUGCCAUUAGUUGCUGGACACCCUCCGGAAUGCUUACAGCAUAUGAUCGACUAUCAUAUCCGUGAGGUGCUUGAAAACACACACUUCACUCCACCACAGAUUCAUACAACAAAACCAACAGUACAUGUAACAGAUAAAGCUACAGCGACGCUUUCCACACCAACGCAAACAGCAAAAGUGACAGAUACGGUAACGACCGAUACACCAACAGCAAAAGUAACAGAUACGGUAACGACCGAUACACCAACAGCAAAAGUAACAGAUACGGUAACCACCGAUACACCAACAGCAAAAGUGACAGACAAAGUAACGUCCGAUACCCCAACAGCAAAAGUAACAGAUACGGUAACGACCGAUACACCAACAGCAAAAGUAACAGAUACGGUAACCACCGAUAUCCCGACAGAUAAAGUAACGUCCGAUACCCCGACAGACAAAGUAACGACCGAUACACCAACAGCAAAAGUGACAGACAAAGUAACGUCCGAUACCCCAACAGUAAAAGUGACAGACAAAGUAACGUCCGAUACUCCAACAGUAAAAGUGACAGACAAAGUAACAUCCGAUACCCCAACAGUAAAAGUGACAGACAAAGUAACAUCCGAUACCCCAACAGCAAAAGUAACAGACACGGUAACGUCCGAUACCCCAACAGCUAAAGUAACAGAUACGGCAACCACCGAUACCCCGACAGACAAAGUAACGUCCGAUACCCCAACAGCAAAAGUGACAGACAAAGUAACGUCCGAUACCCCAACAGCAAAGGUAACAGACGCGGUAACGUCCGAUACACCAACAGCAAAAGUGACAGACAAAGUAACGUCCGAUACUCCAACAGCAAAAGUGACAGACAAAGUAACGUCCGAUACACCAACAGCAAAAGUGACAGACAAAGUAACGUCCGAUACACCAACAGCAAAAGUGACAGACAAAGUAACGUCCGAUACCCCAACAGCAAAAGUAACAGAUACAGUAACGUCCGAUGCACCAACAGCAAAAGUGACAGAUGCGGUUACGUCCGAUACACCAACAGCAUCAACGACAAUUGCAAAAAUAUCAACGACUGCAAAACCUCAGUCACUUACCUGUGCAACAUGUACCGACAUAUUGUCGUGUACGUUCACGCCGACGGAGACAACGUGUGGCCCAGGGGAACUCUGCAUGACAACUGUCACCGAUACCCUCUCAUCAACCAGAGCUGUGGUCAAGGGGUGUAGAGGCGUGAACUGGUGUGGCAACAACUGGUGGUCGCAGACCAGCGAUGUCAGCACAUGCCUUGAUGUGGAUACCACCGUGCAUGACUUUGACCAGUCGUGCAUGUUUUGUUGCGAUCGCGACAGGUGCAACGCUGGGAACACUCUCGUGCCAACGAACCUGUACAAGCCUAAAGACUGAUGUGACGCGUCUCCGUCACGUACCUAGGAUACCAGUCUUGCUUUCAUUCAUUGUAGAUUAUCAUAGUCAAGGUGGCUCCUUUCAUAAAUGGAAAAACGUU